AAUCUAAUUUUAAUUUCUUUUUUGACCAUUUCUUUAGUUUCUCUCUCCUCUCUCUCCUCCUUCCUCACAGCCCACACACUUUCACUGUGUGCACUGUGUGACGAACCGGAAUUAGGAUGUGCAGUCUAGAGAAACGCGGCGAUCUAUUCAUCCUCACAAUCACCGGCGACGAUGAACACCGCCUGAACCCGACCCUAAUCGACUCGAUCCGGGCCGCCCUCAACCGGGCCAAGUCCGAAUCCGAGUCAACGGGCCCGACUGCGCUCAUCACCACAUCCGAGGGUAAGUUCUUCUCAAACGGGUACGACCUUUCGUGGUCCGGUUCAGACCCGGACCCGGUUCGGAAGCGAACCGGAGUCCGGUCCAAGGAGAUGUCCAGGAAACUCCGCCUCCUGGUCGAGGAACUCAUCUCCCUCCCCAUGCCGACCAUCGCCGCCGUCACCGGCCACGCCUCCGCCGCCGGAUUCAUCCUCGCCCUGAGCCACGACUACCUCCUCAUGCGGAAGGACCGAGGGUUUCUGUACAUGAGCGAGCUCGACAUCAAGUACAAAAUCCCCAAUUGGUUCGUGACGGUGGUGAAGAACAGGAUCGCAUCUCCGUUGAUCUGGAGGAGCGUGGUUCUGACGGCGGCGAAAAUCACGGCGGCGAAGGGUGUGGAGUGGGGAAUUGUCGAUUCGGCACACGAGAGCGCCGCCGAGACUGUGGAGGCGGCGGUUGGAUUGGGAAUGGAUUUGGUUGGCAGGAAAUGGGACGGAGAAAUAUAUGCCGGCAAUCGGAGGGCUGUUUUUUCCGAUGUGUUGGCGGCGCUUGCCUCCGACGAGACGGUGGGGGAUUUCUCCGGCGGGAAUGUGGAUCCGGCGGCGGUAUCAAAAUUGUGAACCCCAUUUUAUUAUUAUUAUUAUUAUUAUUAUUAUUAUUAUUAUUAUUAUUAUUAUUAUUAUUAUUAAACUUGAAAAAUAUAUUAUUGGAAUUGAGAAUUUUAUGCAAAAACUAGAUAAAUAAAGUGUAUUAUUAGUUGUAA